UACGAAUUGAAGGACUCGUAUCCAAUUUGCAGUUUGGACUACAAACACAUAUUCAAGCUCAGUUCCAUAUUCAGUUCAUAUUAAUCAGUUCCAUCGAUGGUUUAUUGACCCCAUAGAAGCCUAAGAAGUUUCAGCUGCUUCAAGUCGAAAAUCCGACCACACUGAAACUCACUCACGAAAAGCAUAAAGACCUUUAUUUGUACGAAGCAAAGAAGCAAAGAAGCAAAAAGUUACUGGAUGCAAGGAAAUCGAGUUUUCAAAAGUGGCGGCGUUUUCAUCAUCAUAUCAGAAAGGUAGAAAGAUCAUUUCAAGACGAAUGGAAAAAUAAUUUUGUUUUUCAAACCGUUGAAAAUAAACAGGAAGAAAUCUCCCAGUGAUCAAGAAAUCGAUUCUAGUUUGAAGACGUAAAGACUGACUUUCAGGGAAGCAGGAUAAAUGUGAGGAUUUUGAAAUUUGAAACCGAAAAUUUAAAAUUAUCUUCAAGAAUCUAGCAAUAAAAACAAGGAGUGUCAAGAUUUAAGAAUUCAAGAACAUCGAGAGACAUUUUUCGAAUUACUAUGAAUAUAUGAACAAAAUUUUGAUUCUUCAAUGAAUUGUGCGGCAAUGCAAAUCUGAACAGGUUUGCCGUCUGGAAGAUUCAGAACCGAUAAGGCAAGCCUUACGUUAUUGCUGAAAGCGCAAUAUCAAACAUUGUUCAUGAUAUACGUCAUUCAAACUUCACUGACUUGAUAACGAUUGAAAUAUUGUUUAACGAAUGUUAUUGUUAUCGCUGUAGCCUUGUCAACGUUCUCUCAAUUGGAUCAAAACAUUCAUAAAUAACUAAGCUUCCAAAAGCUGGUCGUUUUAGAGCCGAAAUGUUCCCGUAUGGUGUCCGAAUUGGCUCGUGCGUAUUUCUCCUCAUAACAUUUUUCGUUGGUUUGAUCGGAAAUCUGUUAGUUUGUCUAGCGGUUCGCAAUAGCGUGAGCAUGCGCACUCCGACCAACUUGAUACUCGUCAAUCUGGCGGUUGCCGAUUUCUUGGGCUGUCUGGUCAACAUGCCAAUAAUGUGUUACACAUUCUGGACUGAUUUUCAAGACAAGAGUAUAGACGCUUUAGGCGAGGUCCAUUUUGUACUCACCGUGUUCAUAGGCUUCCCUAUUUGUUGUUGCCACGUGCUUCUCUGCAUUGAUCGUCACGAUGCCAUUAAGUCACCAUUCCAACGACGCAUCAAUAAGAACAGAAUCAAAAAGAUCUCCUUAGUGGUGUGGGCUGUAUCGUUUGCUACAGGAAUACUGACAAUAUCUCUGGUUCUUUUGGUACCCACGCACUGGUUGACACUGCGUGAAGAAAAACCACAUUUUAUCGCUGGCGAGAUAUUGAACGGAACGGGGACGUUUGUGAUACUAGCGAUCCUUUCCAUGAUGAUAUACUCUUCAUGUGUCGUCAAAAGGGGGAUCAAUUCUCAUAACAACAACAUGAUGAGCGCGAUGGGUCGUGCUACAAUAGACAGAGAAAUGCGGAUUACCAAAGUGACCACAGUUUUAAUCACCGCAUUCACGGUGACAUGUCUUCCCUGGGUCUUCUUUCGACUGUUGUAUGACAUCAAUGGACAUCAAGAUGAAAUAAGCUACGCGAUCUGUUAUACCUUCUUGUUCACCUCCCACGCCAUAAAUCCUAUUGUCUACGCUGGUUUGAUGCGCAACUUCCAAAGAACAAUGAAACAGAGCUUGAAAUAUUGUUUGGCGAAAAUAUGCUGUGGAAUGGCUUGCACGACGGGUUUGGGAGGAAGAUUAGAGAGAGAGCAAGGGGAGGGAACGUCUGUUAAAGGUUUGCAGCAGUCGAGAAACUCUCUAGCAGCAAUUCAACCUUUGGACCUUGAGAAUCUUAAUACAUAGAGUUUUCAACAACAAUGGCAUGUGCAGUUUAAUGAAAUAGUAAGACUAUACGAGUUAUUAUACAGCUCCAUUAAGUACUUCUAAUGUUUAUCAUUCAUUCAUCGAAAACGUUCAUUCCGUGUUUUUCCUUUUCCUUCCAUUGCUUCCCUCCCAAACUCUCUCCCUAGCUUUUUUCUUCGUUCUUUCGAUC